AUGGAUAAAAUUGAACAUCGUGCAGUGAUCAAAUACUUGUAUUUGAAAGGUUUGACUCCAAAAGCUAUACAUGAAGACAUGUCUGCUACUUUGGGUGAGUCUGCUCCUUCGUAUGCGACUAUAAAAAACUGGGUGGCAGAGUUCAAACGUGGUCGAGAGACCAUUCAAGAUGAGCCCCGUAGUGGCCGGCCUUCAACUGCUUCCACCGAUGAAAACAAAGAAAAAAUCUGUGAUUUAAUUUUAUCUGAUCGAAGAUUGACUGUCGAGGAGAUAGCUAAGACUAUAGGCAUCUCUUCUGAGCGAACACACCAUAUAAUUACUGCUGACCUUGGAUUUUCUAAGGUGUCUGCGCGGUGGGUACCGCGGCUGCUUUCAGUGGAACAAAAACGCAACCGACUCACAACUUCCCGCGACUGUUUGGAGUUAUAUGAAGCUGACCCACUAGAAUUCAUUGAAAGAUUUGUAACCAUGGAUGAAACUUGGGUUCACCACAAUACACCUGAGACAAAAGAACAGUCGAAACAAUGGAAAAGAGUAGGAUCACCCACCCCAAAGAAGGCAAAGGUGAUUUUGUCGGCCGGCAAAGUCAUGGCAUCGGUUUUCUGGGAUGCAAAGGGUAUAAUUUUGGUGGAUUACUUAAAAAAAGGUGAAACAAUAAACUCCGAUUAUUAUUGCAGCCUAUUGCGUCGUUUGAAAGAAGAAAUUAAAGAAAAACGUCCAGGUUUAUUGAGGAGAAAGGUCUUGUUUCAUCAGGACAACGCGCGCGUUCACACCUCUGUGCAAUCCAUGGCAGAAAUCCAUCAGUGUGGCUUUGAAUUGUUACCUCAUCCCCCAUAUUCGCCGGAUUUAGCACCGUCCGACUUUUAUCUAUUCCCAAAGCUAAAGAAAUUUUUAGGUGGUAAACAUUUUCAUACAAAUGAAGAGGUCGUAGCCGCAGUAGAUGCAUAUUUUGAGGAGUUGGAGGAAGAUUUUUUUAAAACAGGUAUCGAAGCCUUACCGGGUCGAUGGAAAAAGUGUUUUGAGCUCGGGGGAGAGUAUGUUGAAAAAUAAAAAUAAAAUCAAAAUCAUGUGGUUUCAUUAAAUA